AUGAUUGAUUGCUGUUGUUGUUGUAUCCCGGUUCGAAUAGGUACCAUUAUCCUCGCUACAAUCAGUUUGAUCAUUUCAAUAUUUGGAGCUGUCGCUUAUCUAGGAAGACCCGAAGAUGUCUCGGCUGGAAUGUCCCACGGUCUUGCCACAUUUUUUGGUGUCUUAUUCAUUAUUAUGGCAUUAAUUUCCAUAUUUGGAAUCAUCGGAUCACUUUUCAAUUCUUCCGGAGGAAUUCUCAUUUUCGAAUAUAUGUUAUGGGGAAUCGUAGUUGUAUACGUUGUUAUUUCAGCGGUUACCAUUUACAAUUUAUUUAAUAAUAAACAGAUAGCGGUUGAUAGAUGUAUAGUAGAGCUCCAUGGAAAGACAAGUCAAGCAUUAGAAGACAUCGAUCAAGCUAAUGCAGAUAAAGUCAUUAUAAGUGAUUUAACGAAUGCUGCUACAGGUGCUGCCAAUGGUGCAAUUAAUGGAGAAAUACCUAAAUUGUGUGAACAUCGGGAACAAAUUCGCAUUUGGGUUAAAGUUAUAACCGCUUUACUAUUAUUAUUAUUUGGGGCUUAUUUCGUCGGCGUUGUUUCUCGUUUUGCUGAUCAGAUUACACCCGUAACAUACAAAGGUAGUAGGAAACGUAAUAUCCCUAAUACGCACCUUUCUGCCGCAUCUUUAUCUACUACGAAAGUAGGUUGA